CUCUCUUCCCGUUCCCAAAGUCUGUGUUGGAAUUAGCUGUUGUGCUGCUGAAUGUUUAGGAUUUAAAAACCAUCCAAACAAGAAAACCCUACUCUUACACAGGUUUUCUAGUUGUACUUCUAGCAGUAAAAAAGUGUUGUAUGUUUGAAGGAUAGAGUGGCUUAUGCACAGUAGUCGUGCUGACUGUUAAGUUGAAUUUUACUCAGAUACUCCACAUGGCAGGAUGAAAGAAUGUGCAUUUUCCCAGCUGCCUCUGUCCUCAGUAUUUUAAAAAUGCAUUUAUUUUUCAACUGCAGUGAGGAUGAAUUUCUGUGGCUGCUAGAAUUUUCAUUACUUCUAUCCAGGUUAGAUUUGAGCUUUGCCUGCAGUGGUACGUCUUUCAGUUCAAGAAACUUAGGUAUAGGGGACUACUUUAUCAUUUAAAAAAAUGCAGUCUUGAGCUUUGGCCUUCAAGGAAUAUGGGAUUUUUGCAGAUAAUGUCACUGGAGAUUAAACACAAAAAUUGAUCAUUAUGGAACUAGUCUUUACUUAAGGUACUCCUACUACAGGUUGGAAAAAAUGUUAACUAAAUAUUGCUUUUCAACUCUUGCUGUGUGGUCUUGAAAUGCUUAAGAGCCUUGCAGUGCUAGCUUUGUGCUGAAUCCCUGGAGUUAGAGAAGCAGUAAUUUGCUCUCUUUCCACAACUAUUAAAGAAAAAUAACAAGCACUUUGUUUGGAAGUUAAGGGGCCAAUGGGACACUGUGUUUUGACAAAGUCACUCUUUCUGGUUUUUACCAGUCAGAAUGUGAGAAUCAGUUUAGUGGUGAAGUCCCUCGGUGCUGUCAGGUGCAUGCAUUACAUGGGCUUUCAUACUGAAACUCUUUCAGGAUCCAUUUCUGUUCAAACUCUCUGCUCUCACUGGCUGAGCGAGGUACUGUGCUUCCGAACUUACCAGAACCUCUCCUUUAACUUCCUUUAUAGGCAAGCAUCUCACUGACCUUUGGCUUUAUACCUUGGAGUUUCAAGAUUCUUAAAUAUUCCUGAGGUUUCGACCUAUAAAAGGAAGGCAAGAAGAACUAAAAGAGGUGAUUGAACGUUUUAAGAAAGAUGAGCACUUAGAAAAAGCCUUCAAGUCCUUGACGUCAGGUGACUGGGCCCGGCACUAUUUUCUUAACAAGAACAAAAUGCAGGAAAGGUUGUUCAAAGAACAUGUAUUUAUUUAUUUACGAAUGUUUGCAACUGACAGUGGGUUUGAGAUACUGCCUUGUAAUCGCUAUUCUUCUGAGCAGAAUGGAGCCAAAAUAGUUGCAACGAAAGAAUGGAAACGGAAUGAUAAAAUAGAACUGCUUGUUGGCUGUAUUGCUGAACUAUCAGAAAUGGAAGAAAACAUGCUGCUGAGACAUGGGGAAAAUGACUUCAGUGUAAUGUAUUCUACAAGGAAAAACUGUGCACAGCUGUGGCUUGGUCCUGCUGCGUUUAUCAAUCAUGAUUGCAGACCUAACUGUAAGUUUGUGUCAACUGGCAGAGAUACAGCAUGUGUGAAAGCUCUGAGAGAUAUUGAACCUGGAGAAGAAAUCUCUUGUUAUUAUGGAGAUGGCUUUUUUGGAGAAAAUAAUGAAUACUGCGAAUGUUACACCUGUGAAAGGCGCGGAACUGGUGCUUUUAAAUCAAGAGUGGGAUUGCCAGCCCCUACUCCUGUGAUUAAUAGUAAAUAUGGACUGAGAGAAACAGAUAAACGAUUGAACAGGCUCAAAAAGCUGGGUGACAGCAGCAAAAACUCAGACAGCCAGUCCGUCAGCUCUAACACUGAUGCAGAUACCACUCAGGAAAAAGCUAAUGCAACUAACAGAAAAUCUUCAAUUGGUGUGAAAAAGAAUGGCAAAAAUAGAACAUUAACAAGACAGUCUAUAUCAAGAAUUCCAGCAUCAUCAAACUCUACCUCAUCUAAACUAACUCAUAUAAAUAAUUCCAGGGUACCAAAGAGACUGAAAAAGCCUGCAAAGCCUUUACUUUCAAAGAUUAAGCAGAGAAAUCAGUGCAAAAGGCCAGAGCAAAAGAAUGCUUCUAAAAAGCUCGAAAUGGGAAACUUAGUUCUCAAAGAGCCUAAAGUAGUUUUGUACAAAAGCUUGCCCAUUAAAAAGGAUAAAGAAUUAGAGGGACCAGUUAAAGUUGCAGUCUCUAGUGGAUGCUUAACAAGGCACGCAGCAAGAGAGUAUAAACUGAAUUCUGUGAAAGGUGCUCACGAGCAUGGUGAUAUACCACCUUGCACAUACAUAACACGGAGGUCAAUGAGAACACGGAUGAGUUUGAAGGAGACCUCUGACAUAAAGCUUGAACCAAAUACUUUGGAUAGCUAUAAGAAUAACUUGGCGAGAACACGAUCGGACGUUUUAGAGCAGCAGUCUCAUGCAACGGAUGAAAGCAACCUGGCUCAUGGAACGUCACAUAAAGGAGAGGCCAGGUGUCAGAAAAAUGACGCAGGCACGUCAAAAAAGAAGUCUCGACAAGGAAAACUAGUGAAACCACCUGCAAAAUUAGAUGAAACAGAUAAUACGCACAAUACACCUGUAAAAGAUGAAGUACCAGAUUUGAUCAGUUCUCACUCAGAAAACGGAGAGAGGGAUAAUGUGGUAGAUAUACCUGUUAGCUAUCAAGACUGUAUCUCUGGAUCUGGUAGCUGUUCUGUUGUAACAUCUGACAGUUUCAAAGCAAAGGACAGCUUCAGAACUGCAAAAACUAAAAAGAAAAGACGAAUCACGAGGUAUGAUGCACAAUUAAUCCUUGAAAAUAGCUCUGGGAUCCCUAAACUGACUCUUCGUAGGCGCCACGAUAGCAGUAGCAAGGCAAAUGACCAAGAAUCUGAUGGAAUGAAUUCUUCAAAAAUAAGCAUCAAAUUAAGUAAAGACCAUGAAAAGGAUAAUAAUUUAUAUGUAGCAAAGCUAAAUAAUGGGUUUAACUCAGGAUCAGGCAAUAGUUCAACAAAACUAAAAAUACAAUUAAAACGAGAGGAAGAAAAUAGAGGGACGUACUCUGAGGACCUUCAUGAAAAUGGUGUGUGUUGUAGUGAAACUCUCUCCCUUUUGGAGUCAAGAAUGGAAGUAGAUGAUUAUGCUCAGUAUGAGGAGGAAACAGCAGAUGAAUCUUCAUCAGAAGAGGAUGAUGAAGAGGAAGAUGACUAUGAUGAUGAAUUUGAUGACUUUAUUCCUCUUCCUCCAGCAAAGAGAUUAAGGCUCAUUGUUGGCAAGGAUUCAAUAGACAUUGAUAUUUCUUCCAGGAGGAGGGAAGAUCAGUCUUUAAGACUCAAUGCAUAAGCUUAUAGGUCUUAAACUGACCUGGAUGUCAUUUUUAAAAAACAAACAUAAAAAAAAAAAUAAAUAAAAAAAAAACCACCACCAACAAAUUCCAUUUGAUUAUUCCUCAGCUGAAGAACUUUCUGAAAAACUUAGUGGCAGCACUUCUUUAUUGUUUGUUCACCUAUCAACAUAAUAUUGUAGAAAGUGUACAGCAUACUGACUCUUCUUAAGUCUGAUUUGUGCAGAUUUUUAUUGUACUUUUUAAUAGCCUUCUUAUGUGCAAUUCUGAGGUAGAGGUAAUGCUCUGUUGUAAAAUAAAGGCUCAAGCAAAGUUAUGAAGUUGCAUCAAAUCUUUCCAUGCAGGACAAUGAGAAUACAGUGUGGCUACACAAUUAUUUUUGAUCUGUAAGAGUGUUAGUUUGCUCUUACAGUAUUUGACUAAACAAAUAAAAACAAACAAAAAAACAAAUCAUAGUAGCAGCAUAUUUAAGGUUUUCUAGUCUAUGUUAAUAUCACCAGCAAUGAACUACAGCUUUUCGAUUUAUUUGCUAGAUGUUUUUUUUCCCUUGGAGUUUGUCAGUUUUAACACUGUAUGCUGUCCCAGACGUACUGUUUGUGGCCUUUGUUAUAGUAGCAAACCGUUGGUUGGAAGUCAAAUUGAUUUCUUUAAAAAAAAAAAAAA